AUGGGUUAUUUAUGGGAUAUUGAGUUCUUUGUAAGCCAUCCUGAUGUUGAAAAUGAUGAUGAGGAGGAGUUAGGGUGGGAAAGGGUACCACCAGGUUUCGAACAUGAUGAUGUUGAGGAGGAGGAGGAGGAGUUAGGGGGUGCUGGAAAUGGUAAUGAGGAGGAGGUGCAGAAUAUAAGGUGGGAGGGGGGACAAUGUGGUGAUGAUGAUAUAGAUAAAGGUGCAAGUGGUGAUGAUGAUACAGAUAAUGAUGGUGACAAUGAUGGUGCUUGUAGUGGGUUAAGGGAUUCAUCUUCAUCUUAUGGUGAUGACAUAGAAGAUGUAGUGAAUCAGGGUGAUGAAGGACCUCUGACAGUUAGGAAAGCUGUGGAUGGUUUGGGGAAAUAUGUUAUAAUUGGUGAGGUCGAUGAGGAAAGUGACUGUAGUGAUGACAAUUGCAGUGUUGUGAGCUCAUUAGAUGAAGAGGAGGUGAAAAAGAAGGUCAAAUACCCAGAGUUCAAUGAGGAUAGAGACAUGAAAAAUCCCAAACUUGUUCAAAGCAUGUUGUUUCCCAAUGUUAGGGUGUUAAGGACAUUCUUGAAGGAGUUUCAUUGGGCAUCUACAAAGUGGUUGGCAAAGAAGUAUGUGGAAGAGAUAAACGAUGACCCUAAUUGGAAGGUUAAGGCAAUGCAAAAUGAUGUUAGGAGAAAAUGGAUGUUGGAUGUCUCAAAAAUUCAGAUAUAUAGGGCUAAGAGGAAGGCUUUAGAGAUGGUGGAGGGGGCACAUGGUGAACAAUACCAUAGAUUGUGA